AUGCUUCGUGUGUUGCUGAGUGGGCCGGCUGGCAGUGGGAAGAAUACAGUUGCAAAGAUGUUGUUGAAGGAAUUCGAUCAGUUUGGAUAUUUUCUGCUGUGA